AUGUCUUCGAGAAAAGUAUGUGGAAGUUGUGAGAAAAAUUUUGGGAAGACAGCGUAUUACUCUCAUCUGCCGUGUCGUAUGUCAACGAAUUCCUCGUCAACAAGCGAUAAGUCAGACAUCUACAUAUUUUGUGAUCAUUGCCAGAAACUUGUCGCUAGACCAACUUACUAUGAACACAAACGUCAAGCACCUCAAUCAGAAUCAGUAGUCUCUGGAACUGUAUCUUCAAGGAAAGAAUUCGAAGAAACUGAACAGGAAGAAAGUAAUUCAAUAGAAGAAGAAGAUUCAGAGAUUGAAGAGUCCCAACAAGAGGAAAGUCGAGAAUUUUACAGUAGUGAUACAGAUGAUGGAGAAGAGAGUACCACCGGAAAUGCUUCAGAUUCCAAUGAUUGUAACCCAAAAGACUAUACUCAAGAAGAAGAGGAAGAAGAGCUCAUUUGUGAUGAAGAAAACCUUGAUUCUACUGAGGAAAUUACAGGCAAUCCCGGUUCAUUUGUUUCUUCAGAAUGUAAAAUUCUCAUCAUGUUUCUGCUGUUAUGGCAAUCAAUGUACAAAGUGUCAGACAGUGCAAUUGCAGUUCUAUUUAAGUUUUUCAAGAUGUUCUUGAAUUUGAUUGGUGGACUUUUGAGAAUUGAAUCUAUKAUAAACUUUGCAAGAACCCUUCCAGAUACAUUGUAUAUGGCAAAGGAAAAGCUCAAAAUUAACAAGGAUGAGUUCCAGACGUUUGUUGUUUGCCCAAAGUGCAUGACAAAAUACAAAGUUGAAGAAUGUACCAUCAAGAAGAGUAAUGGAAUAAUUAUGUCAAAGAAAUGUUCACAUGUCAAAUUUCCCAACCAUCCCCAUAGAAGAAGACGGACAGAAUGUGGUGCAUUUUUAAUGAAGAAAGUACGUUCUAAAACUGGCUCACUCUUUCUCCGUYCAAAAAGGAUAUUUUGCUACAAACCUUUGAUUUCUUCACUUCAAACAUUGAUAUCAAAGAAUGGCUUCCUAUCAAAWUGCGAAGAAUGGAAAUCUAAAGGUGUUAAGGAAGAUGGUAUUAUGGAUGAUGUGUUUGAUGGAAAUCUGUGGAAAAAAUUUAUGGAUGUGGAUGGAAAACCAUUCUUUUCAACAUUUGGAAAUUUGGGUAUCAUGAUCAAUGUAGACUGGUUUCAGCCUUAUAAGCACACUAAUUAUAGCUGUGGCGUAAUAUAUGCAGUUUUUAUGAACCUUCCUCGCGAAGAACGUUUUAAGAUAGAAAAUGUUGUUGUAGUUGGCAUUAUCCCUGGACCUUCAGAACCUAAAGGAAACAUUAAUUCAUUUCUACAGCCAUUUGUAAAUGCGUUAUCAGAUUUAUGGGAUGGUGUGGUGUUCAAAGAAUCCUCUUUUGACAUUGUAAAGGUUCGAGUGGCAUUAGUGGCUCUGUGCUGUGACGUUCCAGCUGCAAGAAAGUGUGGUGGAUUUGCUGGCCAUACAGCAACAAGAGGGUGUAACAAGUGUUUCAAGGAGUUUCCCAGGGAGGGAUUUGGUACCAAACCUGACUUUUCUGGAUUUGACACUGAAAACUGKGAGCAAAGAACAGAUAAGUUACAUCGUAGACAUGCCGAAAAGACUUUAUCUGCAAACUGUCCAACAAAAUUAAAAGAACUAAUUUCCAAGUCAGGAGCAAGGUACACAUCCUUGCUUCAGCUCCCCUACUAUGAUGCAGUACGGUUUGUGGUCAUUGACCCAAUGCACUGCCUAUUUCUUGGCAUUGCAAAACAUACCAUGAAAAUUUGGAAGGAGAAUGGGCACUUAACGGAAAAGGACUUUCAAGUCAUCCAAAAACGARUUGAUGCCAUUGCACCACCUUCUGACAUCGGAAGAAUUCCUGCAAAAAUAGCUACUGGCUUCAGUGGCUUCACAGCCGACCAGUGGAAGAACUGGGUAAUCUACUAUUCCCUCUUUGCUUUGAAGGGUAUUCUACCAAACAAGCAUUAUAAAGAAAAGAGCAUUGUAGGGGAAGAUGCCAAGAGUGAAUUUAAGUAUCUAUGUGAAACCGUGCUGACAGCUCSAACUCCAUUGGUAUAUGAGAAAGCUGCUGAACGAAUGGAAGUGUUUGUUGCCAUACACACCCAUCUGCAAGCAUGGUGGUCUUUGUGGAAAAAGCGCAAAAACCACGUUUUCCGUGCUUUUAAGCCGCUGCAUAACACCCCGAAAUCAAAUCAUGCUGAAAUUGGGCACUCGAGAUGGGUGAAAAUAGGUGCAGUAAACCUUUCCCUUAUUGAUGUMUGUCGAGAAGAUGUUGCUGAAAGUGUAAAGCUAUCAGCAGCUCUGCGAUCUUAUGGCUCUGGAGUUUAUAAAGGUGGUCAAGGUCCAAGCAGUGCUGAUUUGCAGAAGAGAAGAUAUUMUGAGCAGAACAAGAGGGCAGAUGCAUACAUAGAUGAACUGGAAAAGGUUGUCGAGGGUGAGGAAGUAGAAACUAGAGAWACCAGMAGUUUUGUUGAGUCCAACUCGUCACACAGACAUGAUCCUAGUACCAAACAACRACAGCAAAAGAAGACCCAKAGAUCUGCACCAUAUCGUUYGCAGAGAUCACAAUCAUUGAUCAGGUCAUUAGAUAUAGCAAAGAAAAGUUAG